CGGCACAGUUUCUCAUUCUGCCCAGUUAGAUCGGCAACGGGAGCGGAAAGAGGAAAGCUGAGAGCCCGAAGGCAGUAGCCCCCACCACCGCCGGCCCAGGUUACCAUCUAGCACCGGGAAACAUUGCAGAGAGCCGCCGCCGGCAGAAGCCAUUACCAACCAGUAGUAACCAUGAGCAGCGAGGCCGAGACGCAACCACAGGCACCGCCGCAGCCUGCUGCCGAUGCCGAUGCCGACGCCGAUGCGGAGAGCCCAUCCAGCCCGGAAGCCGCAGCUUCCACGGCGGAUAAGAAGGUCAUCGCAACAAAAGUCUUGGGUACAGUCAAAUGGUUCAACGUCAGGAAUGGAUAUGGUUUCAUCAAUAGGAAUGAUACAAAGGAGGACGUUUUUGUACACCAGACUGCCAUCAAAAAGAACAACCCAAGGAAAUACCUUCGCAGUGUUGGAGAUGGAGAAACUGUGGAGUUUGAUGUAGUUGAGGGAGAGAAGUGUGCACAGGGAGCAGAGGCCGCAAAUGUCACUGGCCCAGGAGGCGUUGCAGUCCAGGGGAGUAAGUAUGCCGCAGACAGGAACCGCUAUAGGCGCUAUCCCAGAAGGAGGGGCCCUCCCCGUGCUGGAGACUACCCAGAGAACUACCAGAGUGAUGGAGAGGGUGAGCCCAGCAGCGGCGGUCGUGAGAAAGGCGGCAGCAGAGACGGGGGAGACAGCGCCCCGGAAGGAGAAACGCAGCCACAGCAGCGCAGACCCGCUUACCCUGGCAGACGGCGCUACCCGCCAUACUUUGGAGGUGAGGGUGAUGAAAACCAGGGAGGACCAGACCAGGGCAACAAACCAGCGAGGCAGAACUACUACAGAGGCUUCCGACCAAGGGGUCCACCCCGUCCCAGACCGGUGCGGGACGGUGAGGAGGACAAGGAGAAUCGGGGAAGUGAGAGUGGUCAGGACCAACAGCCCCGCCAGCGUCGCUACCGCCGCAACUUCAACUACCGCCGCAGACGCCCACAGACUGGUGGCAAGCCUGGAGAGGAAACCAAGGAGGCCAAGGCAGGAGGUGACCCACCUGCAGAGAAAACGUCCGCUCCCGAGGCCCAGCAGAGUGGGGCUGAGUAGGAAGCAAACUGCCCACCGGCACCUACCAUCUUUUACCAUCGUCCGGUUUUUUUGUCAACAAGAAACAUCAAACAAGAUCUGAGCAAUAAAGAUUUGACUUGACGAACGUCACAAGCUUGCACCAUGCAUUUGACCAGAUUACCACCGAUUGCCUGCAGAAUCUAUGCAGACUCGUUUUUUUUCCAUUAUUUUUAUGUGACAGCUACAAAACGUUUCGGGGAAACAGCAAAUGUUUUUCUAAAUGUGUCCUAAGUUUUUACACCAAAUGGUUUUUAAAGAAAAAAAAAUGGAAUUUGAUAUCUGGUCAGUUUGACAUUUUUAAAUAACUUUUUAUGUAUUCAAACAUUUUAACAAAAUGCAAGCUCAAAUAAAAGUCCAGAAACCAGGAAAA